AUGUUUGACACCAUUUGCACCGUUCCUCUCCAAUCGGAUGUCUUUGCUCAGGUGAUUCAUCCUUCUGAACCUCUCUUCCUCAUCGGCUUGUCUUCGGGCCAUGUCCAUGCGUACAAACUUCCUACCGACACAGAUUCUCUCGACGGUGACUCCGACGAUGGCUCUGCCUCUCCCAUCAAGAUCGCCGAUGCUACAAAUGCAAAUGGAUUCGGCCACCUAAGCUCUUCCUUGCGAAGAUCCUCUACGACAAGUCUUUCGGAAAGCGGUCGAGGUUCGAUUGAUACCUUUUGGAAAACGAGAAGGCACAAGGGGUCCUGUCGAACUCUGGCAUUCAAUCAUGACGGUGAAAUAUGCUACUCGGCCGGCUCCGACGGCCUAGUCAAAGCUUUCCUCACCGAAACCGGGAGAGUAGUGAGCAAGAUCGCAAUACGACAAAGUGCAGAUGCAGACGACGACGAUGGCCCAACUGUCAUGCAUGCCCUUUCUCCGCAGACACUGCUAUUGGCGACAGACUCGGGAAAGUUGUUCUUACAAGAUCUAAGACAAGGUGGAAGAGACAUGGUCUCAAAAGCAAGCCAAGUAUGGGCACCACACGGGAGGGAACACGUUAAUGCAUUGAUCCCUCUGCCUGCCAGUGGCACAAGUACAAGCGGGUUCUCAAAGCAGUGGAUUAGCGUGGGCGGUACAACGCUGGCCGUCACUGAUCUACGAAAGGGUACAAUUGCCAUAAGCGAAGAUCAAGAGGUUGAGCUGACCAGCGUUGCACUCGUACGCGGUCUCAAAAAGGGUGGAACCAGUGUUGGCGAAAAGGUGGUUGUCGGUCAGGGUGAUGGCGUUAUCAGCUUGUGGGAAAGAGGGGUGUGGGGAGAUCUGGAUGAAAGAAUCGUGGUCGAUCGAGACGGGACCGGCAUUGAGAGCUUGGUCGAACUUCCUCCAGGAGCAGGACAUGGAAACUUGAAGCUCAACGAAAAGCUGGUUGCAGCGGGCUUAGACGACGGCAGAGUUCGUUUCGCCAGAAUCGGGCGGAACGGGAUCAUGAUGGAGAUGGACCUGAAGCACGACGAGAUUGACGGGGCUAUUGGACUGGGGUUCGACGUCGGGGGACGCAUGAUCAGUGCCGGUGGGAAUGUCGUGAAGGUAUGGACAGAAGCGAAGGGGCUCCCAGGCGGAGGUCGAGGCGGAGGAGCAAAGCAUGACCUUUCCUCGGACGAUGACAGCGAAGAUUCCGAUGCAGCUGACAGUAGCGAGGACGAUGAGAAGACUUUAAAAAGGAAGAAACGGAAGAGGAACCGGGGAAAGGACAAGUCUGGUGGAAAAGCCCUAGAAUUUUCGUUAUGA